AUGGCUUCUCCCUCCGCGCCCUCUGCUGGCCCUUCAAGUACUUCUGCUGAGUUUGUUCGUGACAACUACAUACCUGUCUUUGACAACAAGCCCUCGAGCUACCGUGAGUACAGACAGCGUUUGAUGUUGUACUUCAUGAAGCUGUUGAAGCGCACGUCUGAGGCUACAAUAAACCUGCUGACCUCGCUCACCGGUACAGCGUGGGCCAGGGUUGAGCAUCUUUCGGAGACGGCCCCCGACAAAGAAAAUGGUUUUGAUUUGGUGUUGGCAGAACUGGACAAAGCCUUCCGCUACGACAAUCGGGUUGAAAUGCCCCGUGCUAUAGACAAGUACUUCUAUGCUCUGCAGCGCCGCCCAGACCAGACGCUCUUGCAGUACACUGGAGAGGCUAGGGAUGCCGUUCGUGAGCUUGAGAAACACGGCAUUGCCUUGCCCAGCGAAGUGCAGGGCUAUAUCUUGCUUAAGAAAUCGGGCUUGUCGCCCGAGCAGAAACAGCUGAUCCUGAGCCAGGUCGGUGCCAAGCUGACCCCUGACAAGAUCGAGGAGUCGAUGUUUUUCCUUUUGGGCCAGGACCACAAAGCUGCAGCUCGACAGCCGCCUACCCGAACCUGGCACCGUGGUGGUUCAAAGUCUGCCUCAUCCGGCACAUGGCGCCGAUCUUAUGGAUCGGCCCAUCUGGACCCUGAGGUCUAUGAGGAGGACGCUCAGUGGCAGGACGACGGCUACCUGGACGCUCUUGAGCCUGAGAAGACCGAGUACACUUACUAUGAGGACAUCGCCCAGGAUGACGACGAGGCCUAUGAAGAGGCCUAUGCUUCGUACAUAGACGCUCGCCGCCGUCUCGCGGAUGUCAAGGCCUCCCGAGGCUUCUUUCCCGUGGCCACCACUUGCCUUCGUUGCGGUCAGCCUGGCCAUUGGGCAUCGCAGUGCCCCAUGCCACCUAGCUCCAGCCCCUCCGUUGCUUCAAGUCCUUCAAAGCGUCCUCGGGACACUGUGCGCGUUGCCGCCGACUUGCCCUGUGCCUUGGACUCGGCCCAUGCUGUUGAUGCUGCCUUGGUUGUCACUGAGGACGGCAACCUUGUUGCACAGCAAGACGGCGGAGCCUCCGCCAUGUUGGGUGGCCACCGUCCCGUUAUGCAAGCCAUAAGCCACCUGCUUUCAAAAGGCGUGUCGCCAGCCAACCUUGCGUUGCAAGUCAGAACCGACUUUGAACUUGACCUUUGCAGUGUGUUGGGCGGUGAACCGACCGCCGCUUUGCUUGGCCCUGGUGGUGAGUUCAUGUUGCAGCUUGACGAAGGCCUUGACUCCGACUCAGUUCUUCAGCCGUUGGCCUUUGACCUUGUGACCGAGGAGUUGGCUACCCUGGCAUCCCCGUGUGACCCGCGCUUGCCGCUCCUCACUCUUGCCGACUACCUUGCUGAUACGGGCCGUGAGGGCCCUGACGUGGACCUUGCCUUCUCCACCGCCUCGGCGCCCGAUGCCGACAGUGCCCCUGCCUUGGACUCUCCUUCUGCCGAAACAAGUGUCGACCCUAGCGUUCAUGCUCCUGUCCUUUCGCCCGUAACGCCUAAGCUUCUUAAGUCUUUGGAGGUGUCCGCUCGCCAGGCAGUCAAUGCCACCAAUAAGGCCUUGGAGGAAGCCCUGUGGUCCUCACCUGCCACACCGCCUGUGUUUUGGGAAGUUUAUUCUGGCACUGGUAACUUGUCUGCUGAGAUGACCCGGCGUGGUUUUGAUGUUCGCACGUUUGACCUUCCUGAGUGGGACUUUACAAAGCCUUCCGAGCGCCGCCGCUUCUUGAACUUGUUGCACCAUGAGCGCCCGCAUGUUGUGUGGUUGGCGCCUCCGUGUCCCUUGUUGUGGUCCCCGCUCCAGAACUUGACUUCCAGUGACAGCUACCAGCAAGAAAUCUUGGAGCUAGACCGCCAGCUCCACCAUGCAAGCCACCUCAAGCUGUCUCGUCGUGUGUUCGACUUCCAGCUGUCCACAGGUCAUGUCGCAGUGAUUGAGUAUCCUAAGACAAGUCUUGCUUGGAGGACGCCAGCCUUCCGUGGAAUUUCUGGUUGGGCUGCCACCCUUGACCUGUGUGCUGUUGAUGCUCGACUUCCCAACCAGCACGGCCGACUCACCCCAAUUAAGAAAGCAACCAGGCUCCAGGUUACUCAUCCCGAGUUGUGUGAAAUGCUGAGCAUCAGGUGCCCCGGCCAUUCAUUUCACUUGCCUUUGGUUGGCCAAUCCCCUCGCAUUGGCUCGCGCUCGGCCGCGGCUGCUGCCUACCAGCCAACAAUGUGUCGCAAGCUUGCCGAUGCUUUGCAGACUGCUGUUGAUGUUGCACUGGCGCGCCCUGUCUUUGAGAAAGCCUUUGCCGGAGGGUCUGCCUCGGCCUCCUCCGACAUCCCUGCCGUGGACUCUUCUGCUCCUCCUCCAGCUCCUGUGUCGCACACUCCCGAGCGUGCCGCUGAUGAGCCUGCUGUUGCCCCUGCCGCACCUUCCGAGCCAGAUGUGGUGAAUCCUCACCGCAACACUGGUGUGUUGGAGCAGUUGCUUACAGAGCGCCCUGCCGAGGCGCAGCGCAUUGUAGCCCGGUUGCACAAGAACUUGGGGCACCCCAGCCGGGACCAGAUGGUUGAACAACUUCGCGCCCGAGGUUCUUCCAAUGCCCUUCUGCAAGCCGCCCAUGACUAUGUUUGUCCUACCUGUGCUCAGCUGGCUCCUCCCAACCAGCUCCCAAAAGUUCGCUUCGCUCUGCCACAAAGCUCAACCAGCGCCUCAUGGCUGACACCUUUUGGGUGA